UGCAAAGAAAAAAAGCGUAAAACCCAGUGGAAGACUGGUCUGAGUUUUAUCUCGUCACAAGAAAAGCUAUAUGGGCCAUCAUCAUCCUACCAAAGUCCUCCUAUCUUAAAAUCAGAAUUCUCCAAGAAUCUUUUUCUCUUCUUCCUUUUGAUUCUGUGAAUUCUCUUUUUUAAAGGGUGAAUUGGUUUCUCUAGUGGUGAAUAUGGCAGUGCUGUCUCUUAGUUCGCUUCCGUUGGGGUUCAGAUUCAGGCCAACUGACGAGGAAUUGGUGAAUUUCUACUUGAGAUUGAAGAUUAAUGGAAAUGAUGAGGAUGUCAGAGUCAUUCGAGAACUGGAUGUCUGUAAAUGGGAGCCAUGGGAUUUGCCUGAUUUAUCGAUUAUAAAGACGAAGGAUCAAGAGUGGUUCUUUUUUUGUCCACUUGACCGCAAGUAUCCGAAUGGGCACAGAUUGAAUAGGGCAACAAGUAAAGGCUACUGGAAGGCAACCGGAAAGGAUCGGAAAAUAAAAUCUGGGAACAACUUGAUUGGUAUGAAGAAAACUCUUGUCUUCUACACUGGACGUGCUCCUCGUGGUACUAGAACCCAUUGGGUCAUACAUGAGUAUCGAGCCACGGAAGACGACCUAGAUGGCACUAAACCUGGACAGAGCCCCUUUGUCAUUUGUCGUUUAUUUAAGAAACAAGAUGACAGCGUGGAAGGUUUGAACUCGGAAGAACCAGAAGCUACUCUUUCUUCCCCUACGGCAGCGCAAUCUUCUCCUGAAGUUGCAGAAUCUGACCUAGCUCUGCCACAAGCAUCUCCAGUAAAUGCAUCACCAUCCAACAUUCUAUCUUUUAAUAAGUGCUUAAAUCCCCAUCAAUCAGUAGUUCAAACAGUAGAUGCAACCACACUUGAGGAGGAUACACAGCUGGAAGAAGACUUGAAUUGGUUUGUGCAACCACCUGAGCCUCUAGAUGACAAGCUUUUUUCUCCACUUCAUGCACAAGUACAAGCAGAAGCAGGUUGUUCGUAUUACAAUGUUAAUGACUGGAACAGCUGUAACAGUGGGGUGCAAUCUCAUCAUAUCACAAAUGAAACAGAUGCUGCUUAUGUAACUAGUUUCCUGAAUGACAUCCUUCAGCAGCCAGUUGAACACUCUUGUGAGGGGGCUGGGAGCAUUAAGAAUGUUGCCUUUGAUGAGUACCCUGAAUCUUAUGUUGGGCUAGAUGCUAAAAUUACCCGAACUUUGCUUGAAGAGGAGUUGCAAAGUCCUGUUUGGCUUGAGGAGGAGAUUGACAAAAAGCCGCCUUUGCAUGUUGAAACAAUCCCGGAAGAUAACAGAUCUGUAACUUUUCUCCAGCUUCCAUUACAUAAUGAAACAUAUGGAGGCCGAAGUUUUGCAUCAAGUUCUGGUACAGAUCAAUUAACUAAUUUCCAACAAAUAAGCAACCAUAUGAAUCAAAUUGGCAGCAGUGAGAGUGUUGGAACUGGAAUCAGGAUUAGGGCUCGGAAUCCACAAAAUUUACCAAAUGCUGGGAACUCUGCCAUGCAAGGUCUUGCAUCAAGAAGAUUACGUCUGCAAUGUAAAUUGCAAGUUCAGCCGCUUCAAUUUGGUGAAAAGCUAAAAGAACAUAAAUUGGAACAACGUGUGCCAGAGGAGUUGAAAAACAGGGACAAGGAUGCUUCUGUUGGCAUUGAUAGUUGUAGUACCAAGGAUGAACAUGAACAGUGGAGGUUUUUCCUUUCUGAAAACAAAGAAGUCUCUGAGGAACUGAUGCCUAACCCUGGAUCCAAUGUGAGGCUUAGGAGCCAUGCUUCAAUGCUCAAGAAGGUUCCAUCCAUGUUCUUGAAGGCUUCUUCUACCCAUUCCCCUAUUUGGUCUAUUAUUAUGUUUGGAGUAGUUUUCAUAGCGAUUUUGCUACUGAUCUUAGUUAGCAAGUGGAAUUGCCUUGUUUUUGAAACUGCAUAGAGACCUUGGAUCAACAUGUAGUUUCAUUCCCCCCCCCCUUCCACCCCACAUCGUUUUUUUAUAUUUUUAUUUUUUGGGGGAGUUGUGAUUACCAUUUGGACCUAUGAAAUAGUUUGCUAGGUUGUAUUCUUGUAUAUCUGUUUUAGUUAGUUAAUUAAAUAUAUGUUCUAACCGAGUAUUCCUGUUCA